CAAAUUGACAGUCUAACUUACAAUCAUCACACUGAGGGAAUCCAUACUCGCGUGCCUUUCUCUUCCUUUCUUCCUUCCCCAGCGAAUCCUUUUUAUGAGCUCCUAGUUUCUAGACAGCAAGGCUUUGGCCCUUCACACGAGACCCCAUUAUAUCGCGAGAAGUCGUUCGAGGAAGAGCCCUUCGCCAGAUCUAUUCUCGAAACUAGCUCAUGCAUAUCCCAGAUUAUUGGUGCCAUAGGCCAGACACUCAACCAGAUGAUUGCUGCCAUGAUCUUCAUCAUCGGCGCCAUCACUGGAACGAUCUCUCUCAUCGGGACGGCCGUCUUCUACUGGCCUCCACCAUGCCCAAGAGACGUGGCACACAUCCCACGAUCAACGCUCUUAAAAGAGAUGGACUAUAUCGGGUUCUUGCUGUAUACCAGCGGUCUCGCGAUGCUCUUAGCAGGCUUGUACCAGGGAGGAAACACUCGCAAUUGGAGAACUAUCGAGGUCAUUGUCCUCAUCGUUCUGGGAAUGUUGCACCUUUGUCACUGGCUUUUGUACUAUGCUGUAACAAGCGUGAUUCCACAGCAGCUUUUGCAUCUUUUCUCCACAGACCUCAUCAGACUUGGCCUGCUUCAGAUUGCUUCUGGGGCCGGGGGUGUCUUCCUUCCAAUUUCUGGCCACCGUGCCAUUCUCGUGGAUCACUGUUGCCUGCUAUACCACAGUCUCUUUGCACAUCCCUCAUCGAGACCUUGGUGCUGCACAAGGAUCGCAUCGAUCCGUUUGCUAGGCGGUGCGAUUGGCAGCACGAUGUUGAACAUUAUCAUCGACGCGAAAUCAAGACAAACUCUGCCAAGCUACAUCUCCCAAGCCGUGUUACCGUUGGGGUUUCCUGCCAAAGAGCUCCCUGCGCUCAUUGCCGCCAUGUCCGAAGGCACGACAGCUUUCCAGGGACCUGGAGCAACGCCAGUCAUCCUCGCUGCUGCGUCGAGUGCGAGCAGGAAUGCAUGGUCCUACGCCUUCCGCACGGUUGAGUACUAUUCUAUUCGGCGUGAGUGCGACUUGUGUUGCAUGCUUCGUUGCCGAUCCAUCAAAAUAUUUCACGCAUUAUGUCGCGAUUCACCUUGA